AUGCUCGACAUUUCCGUUCUCGUCCAGCCUUCUUACAACAUCGUUUCUUUACCCGGUGAUGGGAUCGGUCAGUGCUUUCUUACGUUCUCUUCCUCAGCUACCGCUACCCAUCGUGGUUCGCCCCAGCGCGAGUCCAGAGACCCGACCCCGACUUGGGCCUCUUUCGGCGUUCUCUCCUUCGCUUCAGCUGCACCGCACAAACAAGCAUGAGCCCGUACUCAACCUCCAACCCCCGCUCUCACAGGUCCCGAGGUCGUCGCACAGGCCGAACGCGUGCUCGAGACGCUGAGCACGCACACCGACAACCAGUUCACCGUCAAGGCCCACGACUUUGGCGGCAUCGCCAUCGACAACCACCAGAACCCUUUACCCGAGUCGACCCUCCAGGCUUGCAAGGACGCGGAUGCCAUUCUUCUUGGUGCGUCUCUUGCGCAAAGUGGAAACAUUUGCUAGACUGACUCGUUUCCGCUGUUUGACGUAGGUGCCGUCGGUGGACCCAAAUGGGGAACGCACCCGACCCUUCGACCCGAAGUCGGCCUUCUCGCGCUCCGAAAAGAACUCGGCCUCUACGCCAACAUUCGACCGGCUCUUUUUCCCGCACCGUCGCUCGUCUCGUACUCUCCCCUGAAGGAACACAUCGCGCAAGGUACUUCGAUCGUCGUUGUGCGCGAGUUGAUCGGUGGUAUCUACUUUGGCGAUCGUAAAGAAGCCGUCGCCGGCGCGACCGAGGGAGAGGACGCUGUCGCUCGUGACGAGUGCUCCUACUCCGUCCCCGAAAUCGUCAGGAUCACACGCUUGGCGGGUUACCUUGCUGGGUUGAGCAACCCUCCUUUGGCGGUGCAUUCGGUCGACAAGGCCAACGUCUUGGCGACGAGUCGUUUGUGGCGUCGCGUCGUCGCCGAGACGAUGGAGAAGGAGUUCCCCGACAUCAAGGUCGAUCACCAAUUGGUCGACUCGGCUGCGAUGGUCAUUUGUUCGAACCCUCGUAAACUCAAUGGCAUCGUCCUGAGUGAGUAAAACCACGUUUCAUUGCGAGUAGGAUUAUUCCCCGAGUGAUUUGGCUGACCAUUUUGAUUUUAUUUCGUUCCCCAAGCCGAAAACUUGUUCGGUGACAUCCUUUCGGACGAAACGUCGGUCAUUCCCGGAUCUCUCGGUCUUCUUCCCUCCGCGUCCCUGGGUGGUAUCCCUGAUGGCACGAACAAGAUUCCGGGUAUGUACGAACCCAUCCACGGGUCCGCCCCCGAUAUCGCCGGUCAAGGAAUCGCAAACCCGAUCGGUACGAUCCUGUCGGUCGCUCUGAUGUGCCGUUACUCGCUCGGUUUGGAAAGGGAGGCCCAAGCGAUUGAGGAGGCGGUGAGGAUCGUGCUCGACGAUGAGGACAAGGGUGGGUUCGGGUACAGGACCAAGGAUCUGGGUGGGGACAAGUCGACGCCUCAGGUGGGGGACAAGGUCGUCGAGGUGCUCAAGGGGCUGUUGCAGAAGAAGUAG